AUGCUGGGAGAAUUUCCUGUCAAUCCUUUUAACAAUUAUACUACGCAAGAGUUCAGCGCAAUUCGAAGUAACGCCCUUAAAAUAAAUAAUGAAACUCAAUUAUCAACGUUAUUACGAUUUCAUGUUGAACAACAUAAACUAAAACGAGUAGAAUUUCAUGAAGCUAUUAAGAAUGAAUACGAAAGGGAAAUCAAAUCAAAACAUGAUGAAUUGAAUUUAUUGAGCUUGUGUGGCUUUGAUACUAAAGACAAAAACAUUAGUAGACUAUUCUUUGGAGAUGAUGAUGAUGAAUUAAUUAAGAAAGAAGGUAAAAUGGUUAAAGAUGGAAAUGUUUCGGAAAUUUUAGAACAUAAUAAAAAAUCCUAUGAGGAAUAUUGUUCAAAAUAUGAGGAAUUUUAUGUAGAAACUACCCAAUCAAGCAGUCCAGUAACUUCAAUGAGUGAAAAUCCUCUUUGUAUGAGAACUAUUAAUGAGAAAGGUAAUCUACAGAAUUCAACCGAUGAACAAACACAAAAAAUCACUGAUGAUCAAAAUAAUGAUGCUACUAUUUCAAGUACUUUGAUUAAAAACGAUGAUUCCAUUCAAUCUGACAUACUACCAAAACCAUUCGUAGCAUUCAAAGUUAAUCAAAAGAAAUUCACCGCAAACAAGGAUAUUUUGGAAUGUAUUUCUGGUAAACAAACUUCUCAAUCUUCAUCUAUAUCAAGCUCAUUACAGUCAAAUCCACCAGAAGUAAAAGAUAAGGCUGAUCCAAUGGAUGGUCCGUUACCGAGUCCUGAAAGGAGUAAAUCCCCAAAUUAUGAUGAUCAUAAACACUUAUCAAGUUCUUCAAAUUCUGCAUCUUGGGAUAGUCGAUCUAAAUAUUCUUAUAGCCACAUUCCAAGAUCGAAAUAUAUCAUGGAGAGAAAUUCUGAUUAUUUAGCUCAUAAUUUCAGGAGAUCAAUCAAACCUCGACCAUAUAGAAAGUUACGACCUUAUGAUAAUAGACAUAAUAGAAUGUUUCCGUCUUUUCGAAGUGAAAUAAAAAAUUUUAAUCCAGCAUAUUCACAAAACAGGGUUUGGAAAAAUGAAUACAUUCCUCCAAAAUUUUCUGAGCGCUAUUCUAGAGACAGAGAUUUUACUUCUACCGCUGAUAGUUCAAGUCAACACACCGAUCGAUUUUCGUCGUCGUCUUUUAUAAAUAAUUCUCCAAUUCAUGAUUCAACUCUACCUGAGUCUUCACAACAACCUGCUAACAAUCCUAAUCUUAUCCCAAUUUCUCAAUCCAAAAGUGGUACGGAUUCUGAACCAAUGGAUCUUAGUAAUAGUCAACAAAGCACUACUCCCGUUGAUACUUCAACUUCUACUGUUUCAAAUAAUAAUUUCGAUAAAAAACAAUUUCCUCUGGAUAUGUUUUCAUGCAUUCCAUCGGAAGUGGUGAGUUUAUUGGAUGACAAGAUGUCUUUGAAUGAUGACAAUGGAGAUAAUAGCUUAAAUACAAUUCAAAGGGAUUCUAUGGAAAACAAAUUUACAAAACAUAUGCAUUAUGAUGAUAAUCAAUAUAAUCAUGGAUAUAAACAAAGGAAUGAUAAUAUAAGUUUUUAUAAUUAUCGAAAAUAUAAAUAUGAUACAAAGCCGAUAGAUGAUUAUCGUCUGCAUAAGCCUGGAAAUUUUAUUCAUGCUCGGCGUUAUGGUUAUUUUCCCAGAGAUAAAUAUAAGAAUAUGGGAAGUCGAUUUUAUGAUGAGCAUAAUAGAAGAUUUGAUAACAAAGAUCAUCCAAUACAUCACUAUGAGAAUUAUCAAAGAGAUGUUGAUUAUCAAAGAGGUCCAAGGUAUCAUCAAAGAAGUAUGGAUUAUCUUCGAGAUGAUAAACCUUUAAGAAAUGAUAAUUAUGAUAUGAAUUUUAAUAAUGGUGAAAAAAGAAUUAAUAUUCAACAUGAUUAUCCUCCUCCUCGAAAUGAUAGACAUGAUCCACAUCAUAUGGCUUCUGAUAUAAAGGGAAACUUCGAGAUUAAUAGAUAUCAUUCACAGACUCAUAGAGUUUAUAAUCAAAAUAACAAGUAUUUUCAUAAUCCAAAACCUUAUUAUAACUAUAGAGGUUAUCAAAAUCCUAGAAUGAAAUAUAAGCCUUACAAUGAUCACAGUUCAUUCAAACGUAGAGAUGAUUAUG